UUUAUUUUUUAACGUUUUUGCUUUUCCCGUUUUCCCAUGUUGUAUUUUAAAGUGCAAUGUGUUUAUAUUAUAGUCCAGUUGGGGGCGGUAAUGCUACAUAUUCGAUUCCAACCGCCGUUAAACUCCAAAGCAGAGGAAGAAGUAGUUCCGGGGAAGCGCGCUCCAUUCUUCAGAUAAAGGAAGCGCUAGAACUGUGUUGUGAACACGGUAUCCUUUGUGUCCAUUAUUACAGGCCAAAUCAGAUUAAGUCUGAGGCUGGUAACAUCAACAGUGAGGACAGACCCAGCAUGCCUCUCUCCUUCCACACUGAGUCCAAACCUACAGUCACAGGGUCCUGAUUGUGACAGUGGAGCCCAGUUUGCACUGCAGGAUCCAGAGAUGGCAUCAGUGAAGCUGGAAGACUGCAGUCAAACACUGGAGCUGAAUGUCAACAUUAAAGAUGAAGAGGAGGAGAAAUCGGUUUCUCUUAGACAACUGGAAUUAAGUCUGAGGCCGGUAACAUCAACAGUGAGGACAAAUCCAGCCUGUCCAAACCUACAGUCACUGGGUCCUGAUUGUGACAGUGGAGCCCAGUUUGCACUGCAGGGUCCAGAGAUGGCAUCAGUGAAGCUGGAAGACUGCAGUCAAACACUGGAGCUGAAUGUCAACAUUAAAGAUGAAGAAGAUAAGAUUGAGAAAUCUCUUUCUCAUGGAUACCAUGUUGAGACAUUCUCUACAUCCAGAGAGCAACAGCAGGAAGAUCACAGAGCUAAGAGGUCUCACCACUGCCCACAUUGUGAGGAGAUUUUCCCAGUUCUAUCAAAGCUAAAAAUACACCUAAAAAUACACACAGGAGAGAAUCUGUAUUCCUGCACUGACUGUGGGAAGAGAUUCACAACAUCAGCUCAGCUAAAAGUUCAUCAGAGAACACACACAGGAGAGAAGCCUUACUCCUGCUCUGACUGUGGAAAGAGUUUCUCUCACUCGAAAUUUCUAAAACAACAUGAACGUAUACACACAGGAGAGAAGCCUUUCUCCUGCUCGGACUGUGGAAAGAGUUUCUCUCAACUGAGCCACCUAAAACAACAUGAACGUAUACACACAGGAGAGAAGCCUUUCUCCUGCUCGGACUGUGGAAAGAGUUUCUCUCAACUGAGCCACCUAAAACAACAUGAACGUAUACACACAGGAGAGAAGCCUUACUCCUGCUCAGACUGUGGAAAAUGCUUCAGAACAUCACCUGAGCUAAACGGUCACCAGAGAACACACACAGGAGAGAAGCCUUACUCUUGCUCUGACUGUGGAAAAUGCUUCACGUAUUUAAAUGUUCUAAAAGUUCACCAGAGAACACACACUGGAGAAAAGCCUUACUCCUGCUCUGAUUGUGGAAAGAAUUUCUCUCAAUCGAGCCACCUAAAACAACAUGAACGAACACACACAGGAGAGAAGCCUUACUCUUGCUCUGACUGUGGAAAAUGCUUCACGUAUUUAAAUGUUCUAAAAGUUCACCAGAGAACACACACAGGAGAGAAGCCUUACUCUUGCUCUGACUGUGGAAAAUGCUUCACGUAUUUAAAUGUUCUAAAAGUUCACCAGAGAACACACACUGGAGAAAAGCCUUACUCUUGCUCUGACUGUGGAAAAUGCUUCACGUAUUUACAUGAUCUAAAAGUUCACCAGAGAACACACACUGGAGAAAAGCCUUACUCUUGCUCUGACUGUGGAAAAUGCUUCACGUAUUUAAAUGUUCUAAAAGUUCACCAGAGAACACACACUGGAGAAAAGCCUUACUUCUGCUCUGACUGUAGCGCGAGUUUCUCUCAACGGAGCCACCUAAAACAACAUGAACGUAUACACACAGGAGAGAAUCCUUAGUCCUGCUCUGACUGUAAGAAGAGUUUCUCUCAAAUGGGCCAGUUAAAAAGACACCAAGGUAUACAUCAUGGAGAGUAGCCUUACUCUUGCUCUGACUGUGGAAAAUGAUUUAAAUCAUCAGCUGAGCUAAACGGUCAUCAGAGAUCACACACAGGAGAGAAGCCUUUCUUCUGCUCUUACUGUGGCAACAGCUUCUCCCGAUUUGGGCAAUGUAAAGACACACCAACGGAUACAUAGUUGACCGAAGCCUUAUCAAAGCACUGACUGUGAGAAGAGAUUCUACAGAUUGGGCCAUUUAAAAAGACACCAAUGUAUACAUGAAGGAGAGAAGCCUCAUCAGUUAUCUCAGACCAGCUAAGAUUAGUCACUACUCUUAAUUCUCAUCUCAUAAAAUAAAUGGCAACGUUGAAUUGGAUCAAAUGAAGAAAGUGUAGAACACUAUUGUAAUCAUAUUGUUUCUCACUGCGAGAGAACAAUGCAGAGGAAAGGGAGCAUCAUAGAAUGUUAGUCUCUCUUUACUGAUCAGUGUGCAUCUUGUCAGUUUUUUGCUGUGUUUUUUUUUUUUUUGCUUCCGUCCAUAGACAAAUCCCAGCUCUACUGGUACCAGCAGUACUGCACCUGUCAACGACACAAGUUGUUCUGCUUCCAUAAGCACAUCCAAUGCUAGCAUCAGUAAUUCUCCAUUUGCUGUUAACCCAGCUAGCAUGGACACUGGGCUGCAUCAGAAUCACAACUGUCAGAGCUACUGCCUCCUUAUCCGGCAAAACACCAAACAACAGACAGGGAUGUGCCUUUCCUCAGCCACAGUGUGUUUAUAUCUCACAACUCGAUGAAACCUUCACUAUUGCGCAGACAUUUAGAAACAAAACAUGCCAAUUUGAAAAAUAAGCCACAGGAGUUUUUUCAGCGAGAGUUGAGACUACUUUCGAGUAGUAAGACAUGUAUAAAAGCAACAGAUACCAUUAAUAAGAAGGCGCUAGAAUCGUCUUAUAUGGUGAGCUAUCGAGUGGCUAGGACAGGCAAGCACCAUACUAUUGUGGAGGACUUAAGUCUUCCUGCUUCCGCAGAUAUGGCUGGGGGGAAAAAUCCCAAAAAACUAUACAGUUUUCACGACGCAUCAGUGACAUGGCAGAUGUUUGGAACAAUUACUGCUUCGCCUUACAAGCCAAUAAUUCUAUGCGUUACAGCUAGAUGAGUCAACAGACGUGGCG